CUUAAUUUUGUUAUAGUUUUGAUAAUUAAAAAACAAAAAAAAAACAAUGCAGUCAAAUGCAAUAGUUAGUUGUUUAUUAUUGUUAUUCCACAAUGUGUGUUGUUACCAGGACAACUGGGUUGAACCACAUGCAUGGUCGGAACUGACAUCAGCGCAAUUUAAUAACCCAGGGGAAGACUCCUGCCAAUGUCAGGCCCAGGUGCCAGCAGAGAAAUCACUGGCAACCAUAGAAGAUCAAUUAGCAUUAACGUAUUUCAAAAAGUUUGUCAAUACUUUAUUCAGUCGCAAAAGACUGAAGUAUGGCAAAACGUCGCAACUUUUUAAACGAUCGCUGCUAUUUACAUUAAAUCCGUCACAAGUCGAUGAGCUUGAAACAGUCCAGGAUGUGCGUGACCUUGAUAUCAUGCUCACGAAAAUAGUGGAUGAGGCAAGAGAUGUGCCCCUGUCGACCGAUCAGGCUGACGACGACUAUUCCUACAGGCAACAAGGAAUGGGAGUGCGUGCGCUUGUUAUGGACAUAUUCAAGGAUCUUAUACAGUUACUCAACAUAUCCGAGGUGAGAUUUAUGCUUACAGUGCUGCUCACAAUUACUACCGGGUGGAUUGUGCACAGACGAUUUCGAUUUUCAGCCAUAGCCAUUAUUCUUGGCGGCAUUUUCCUGUAUGGCUACUUUGUAACCUAUUUGGAGUGCAAUAGGAAACUAGAAGUUGAGGCUUUGAUUGAUGUAAUUGAAAGUCAUCAGAAGCCCACGGAUGAUGUUGAAAAAACAUGGUUUUCACGUAUGUUUGGCUAUCUUUUCAACGAGUCUCCAGAGGCGCAACAAAAGCAGAAACUUUUAAAAUCAAGCAAAUUAAAUAUGCCUUAUUGUCGACCAGAUCACGUUUUCGUUAUGUAUACGAGUGACAUAUUCCUCAAACAAAUAGAACUGAUACUAGAAAAAACAACUCACACCAUGACGAGUUUAACCACUGGAUUAUCAUUUCCAUUUAACUUGAUUGCUCCAUUUGCACUGGUCUGCAUGAUUGGGUACUUACUGAAGUUAACCUUCAAAUACGUCAUAAGCCCCAAGGCGUGGAUUGGACUCGUGCAUAGCAGAUCGUCUGCAUCUACUACAAAAACGCAACAACAAGCCUUGGCAAAUGAAACAACUGAAGAUCGAUUGUCGGGUGAAAACCUUAAGAUGCUGUUAAAUGUCAUAGGCACUUCAAGCAUAACGCAAUCCCAACAACAACUACAAAUAUCCCCGUCGGGUGUCCAAGAGCUGCUGGAACCACUGGAAGCACCCCCACAAACGCCACAAGAAGCACAAACUAAAAGCAAACUAAAUUUAAAGCCAAUUUCAAACGAUAAUCCCAAUAACAGUAGUUCCUCAGCUGACAUCGCACAUGAAGCUGGUUUUACGGUUGUUGAUGAUAACCAAGAUGAUGAUCAUAUUGAUAGUUUUUAAUGUUUGGCUAUAUAUUUCUUAAGCUGUAUUAUGUGUAAUGUUCGUGAUGAUCUAUAUAUUUUUUUUUACCAAUUAAUUGGCAUAAGUUUUUACAGUCAAAGAUAAUUUUGUUACCAGCUGAUAUUUUUCGUAGUUAAAUUAUUCUUUAUUUUAAUUAUUUUUGCGUGUAAUUAUUUAAUUUUUGCACGAUAAUUAUUAUAAGUUAAAUCUCCAACAAUAAGAUUUUUUAAGUGUCAUUAAUAGGCCUCCCAAAACUGUCUAUUAUUACAUGUAUAUAUUUUGCUUUCGGCCACUCCAAAACUGUAUAUAUAUUAUCAGUAUAUAUUACCUGUAUAUAUACAUAUACCAAUUAUGCCAAUUGCUGAAUUUUUUGUUCAUAUUUACAACAUCUUAUUAGCAUUGAGUGUGUCUGUCUGUGUUAGCUGCAUAUUUGAAAUGUAAGCAGUAAUAAAAUAUUCAUCAUGAAUAAACUAGCUCAAUAUACAACUAAUAUGUUGUGUGUAUAAUAAUUAUAUUGUAAUGUAUAUUCAUAAAAAAAAUUAAAAAUAAUUCGGUGUAAAUAUAUUCAUUCGUUGUAUUUUAAAUUAUACUUUUGAAUUACAUAUUACAUAUACAUAUUGAUGCUGUAUUACAUAUAAAUUACAUUUCCUUAAUAUUAUUAUGCAACUAAUUAUCCAUUUUAUGUAUUGUAUUAUAUUGUACUCCAAUACACGGCACGUACAUGUAAGCCAUAACCAGUUUCGCUGUCAAGAGCCCAACAAACUUAAUUAAAUCUAGGGAAACUAAGCAAAAACCUAGUGCACGCAGGAUAAUGCUAACCAUACAUAAGAUUUAACUAAGGCUGGCAUUAGAAUUAUAUAUAAUAUACUAUUUAUGCAUUGUUUUCUAUGGCAAACUAAGAGAAUUUAUCUAAAUUGAUUUCUGAAAUCUUAUACGCAAAUUGGUCCGCUAUCAAAAUCUUGGUUAAUAAUUUCACUACACAAAUUCAACAAUAUAGUAGAUAAGUAUGUACUAUGUUAUAUUUUUUAUAUGCGUGUGUAUGUUUUCUUUUAUUAGCUGAUCACUAUUUAUUUAAAUUAGUGCCAAACAACGAUCAAGUGGCAUUUUUAUUGUGUAUUUACUGUGUGCAUAAGAAAUGAGCAAAGUCAUAAUUAAUAUAAUUACUUGUCUUGUUUCAUGUUCGCCACGAAUUUGGCAAAAAAUUACAUUAGUUUAACAGCAGUUAAUUGGAAUUAUUCUCCUCCUAGCUGAAUAGGGUAUACAAAAAUUUAAAAAACUAAUGCCCUUUUAAUAUCAAACAACAGCAAAACGACGCGAAACUAUUUAACCGUCUAAUAGACUUGUAACUCCUACGCCUACUUAUAAGCCAACCCAACUAUUAAAAUUUAGCAAAUACCACAA